CCACACGAUCCCAGUUCUUGCCGCCACGCUACCCAGACCUUGACACUCUUCUUCAUGCAAAGAUGGCGCAACCGGGCCAUGAGACCGAAAGACCCGUUACUGUCCUUGAACGGAUAGAGCUCGAGCAUAUCGACGCAGAAGGAAGGGAAGAUAACAAGCGUGCCGCGGCUUUGGGGACUGAAACGGACCUAGGCGCCAGCUAUCUCCUGAAUUUCAGGUUGUUCGGGAGCUUGUGCUCGAUCUCUCUCGCAGCAAUUACGGCUUAUUGGGGCUUCAGUCCUCCAGCUGCGGUACUCACCUUCAUAGCCGAAGACAUCGGUACCAGCGGCGGCAACGAGAGUCUCUUCAGCAUAGUGUGGACCAUGUGCGCGGCCGUCACCAUGUUGCUACUCGGCAGGCUGUCGGACAAGUUUGGCCGCCGGCCUUUCGUACUGUCUGCAACCGUGAUAUCAAUAGUCGGCGCGAUCAUCGCAGCCACUGCAAAGACCAUGAACGCCUUGAUUGGAGCAAAUGUUCUCCUGGGUCUCGCGGCUGGAAUUCAGUCCUGUUACGCAUUGCUGGUCGGCGAAAUCGUGCCCAAUAAGUACAAGUGGUUGGGUAUCAUGGUUGUCAUUGUUCCCAGUCUGAUUCCAUCAGGAUUUGGUGCCUACUUGGCUCGCAUGUUGGUCGAAAAUUCCAGCUGGAGGUGGAUAUAUUACAUCCAGAUCAUUUUGAUGACUUGUGCCUUGGGCCUGCAAAUCAUUUUCUACAAACCCCCCAACUUCAAACAACUCCACGGCGAAAGAAGCUUUAGAAGAGAGUUGAUGCGAGUCGAUUAUGUGGGCAUUUUUCUGCUCGUCUCGGGCCUGUCUAUGUUCUUGCUGGGAGUGUCCUGGGGAGGUCAACCCACACCGUGGAAAUCGGCCAAGAUUAUUAGCCUCAUCGUUGUUGGCGGUUGUCUCCUGUUGAUUUUAUGUUUCUGGGACGUUUAUUCAAAAACUCCGAACCCGAUUAUCCCGGUCCGGGCAUGGAAAGACCUUAGGGGAUUUGCGCCUCUCGCUUGCAUUUCUGGAGCUGCUGGGGCGAUGUAUGUUGCCCCGGUCAUCAUCUGGCCUGCGCAGGUGGUUCGAGUAUACGGAUCGCACUUCACUGGCUGGAAAGCUGAGGCAUGGACGACGACUACUAUCGCUUUUGGCUUGACUUCAGGCAUGUUGUUCUUCGGCUUCUUUUUCCACAUCAUGAAGCGGAUUAAAUACCAACUUCUCUUCGAAGCGGUUCUUUCGACCACAUUUAUUGGAGCUCUGGCUUCCUGCGGACGUAACGACUUAUCGGCAGCCAUCGCCUUUUCCACAAUCGGCAGCUUCCCAGUCGGCGCCAUGGAGGUCACUCCACAGGUUGUGGUCCAAAUGGACUCUCCAGAUGGCGAGAUAGGAGUAUUCUACGCUUUCAUGAAUGCAUUCCGGACAGCUUGUGGUGCCGUCUUCACGGCAGUGUUUCUCGCAAUACUAAACAGCAAGACCGGUCCGAAAAUCGCAGAGAUGGUGCCCCCCGCAGCUGUUGCGGCCGGCCUUCCUCGUUCAUCUCUAACCGCGCUUACCAAUGCCCUGGCCCAGGGAACUGGUAGUGCACUGGCAAGCGUCCCCGGCAUGACAGAAUCGAUUGAGCUGGCCGUCAACAACGCUCUCGCAGAUGCGUACUCCGCAGCGUACGCGUAUGUAUACUACGCGGCCAUCGCCGUCGGCUGCAUCGCCAUCAUUAGCGCAUUAGUAUUGAGAGACUACGACGACAGAAUGACCAACCACGUCGCAAAACAAAUGUACCAUGGCGACAGGAACAUCGACGUGCUGGCUACAAAUGAGAAGGAGCCUGUCGAGCACACCGAGGAAGGAGCGUGAGCGGUCCUAGAACCGCAGGCCUGCGGUCUUGAGAUCUAUUCGGAAGUGUGAGCUGGUCGAGCAUCUCGUCCUAGUUUGGAACACUCCAUACAAUAUUUACAAUCAGGGCGUGUUGAGCAUGAACGGCAUAUUGGAGACACCCAGCCAAUGGCGGUUGUUGUAAAUUUACCGGCCCUUUCAAUCUUCCCAAAAGUACACAU